AUGGGAAAACGUUCUUUGGAAGAAACUGUUGAGCAAUCCAUUGAGGGAGGAUCAUCAAUUAUCCAAUAUCGUGAAAAGAGAUAUCCACAACAAUUAACAACAAGACAAAUGUUGGAACAAGCUAAAAGUUUGCAAAAAAUUUGUAGAAGACAUGGAGUUCCAUUCUUGAUUGAUGAUCGUGUUGAUUUGGCUGUUGCUAUUGAUGCUGAUGGUGUUCAUGUUGGACAAAAGGAUUUACCUCCUCAAUAUGUUAGAAAACUGAUUGGUAAUUCAAAGAUUUUGGGUCUGACAGUUGGCACUUUUGACCAAGUUGAUGAAGCUCUUUCACACAAUGUUAGAGCUGAUUAUUUGGGUACAAAUGCAAUAUUCCCAACCCUUACAAAGAAAGAUGCUGGUCAAGCAGUUGGUUUGGAUGGUCUCAAAGAAUUAGUUUCAUAUGUCAGACAUACCACAAGAAAUGGAAAACAUGUUGGACUUGUUGCUAUAGGAGGUAUUGGAAAGGAAAAUAUUUCUCAAGUAAUGGAAUGUGGUGUGGACGGUGUGGCUGUUGUUUCAAGUGUAGUUGGAGCUGAAAGUGCUCUUCAAGCAUCCAGAGAAUUGAGAAGUACUAUUAAUUAUUAUCAAAUGAAUCAAUCAAAUGAUAAGGCAAGAGUUAGAGAAGAAAUGGUACAAGCCCUUUUGGAUAUCAAAAAGACAAGACCACUCAUUCACAAUCUCACCAAUAAUGUUGUUACAACUCAAACAGCCAAUUCUUUAUUAGCAAUUGGUGCUUCACCUGUAAUGUCUCAAUAUCAUGAGGAAAUUAGUGAUAUGGUUGGAAUAGCAAGUGGUGUUCUUAUUAACAUUGGAACUUUGGAUGAAUAUUCAAUUAAGGCUAUGCAUUUGGCUGCUAAACGUGCAAAUGAAUUGGGUAAACCAGUCAUUCUCGAUCCUGUUGGAUAUGGAGCUACAAAGGCAAGAGAAGCAACUGUUUUGGAACUUUUAUUGAAUCAUAAAAUCACCAUAUUGAAAGGAAAUUAUGGUGAGAUUGGAAGAAUUCAUGGAAAUGCUGGAUUUGCCAAGUUGAAGGGUGUUGAUUCUGAAUCCAAUUCAUCAAAUCUCCCAGAGAUGGAUAAGGUUGUCUCGGAAUUAGCUCAAAAGUUUGGCUGUGUUGUUUGUAUGACAGGACCAGUUGAUGUAAUCUCUGACGGUUCUGAUAUUAUUCACGUUUACCACAAUGAGCCUAACUUGCAACAUUUAACAGGUGUUGGAUGUAUGACAGGAGCCAUCCAAGCAGCAUUUGCAUCAGUAUGUUCCAAUCCACUUAUUGCAGCAUCAGCUGGCUGUUCCUAUGUAGCUUUGAGUGGAGAGUUAGCAAUGUCAAGAAUGAAUUUGAAAGAUGGUGAAUUGCCUCCACUCGGAGAUUUCAGAUCUGAACUAUUUAAUUCAUUCAGUACCUUAACACCAACCAAUUAUCGUCAAUAUUUAAAUUUUGUCUAUCAAAAAUCAGAAUAAAUUAUUUCUAAUCUCUACAAUGUAAAUUAUGAUGUCUAACAGAUCUGAAAUAUGUGAAAUAUUUGAGACAUCUUGGACAAAUUAAAACUCUAUCUAUUCUCCUUUUCGUGUAUGGAGAAAGAUUUCUUCC